AUGGCAAUGUCAACAUCGUAUUUUGUCAUACGAAACGAUGCUGAUUUAAAAAAAAAACAAAAUUUUAUAACCAAACAAGUUGAAAAUAAAUUAGGUGUUGAUUUAAAUGGUGACGGCAUGGUCGGUUCAGGUCGUGGUCAGUCACAAGGUUAUGGAGGUGCCGGUGGUGGUGUAAUGAAUCAAGUAGAAAAAGCUACUAAUAUGGAUCUCAACGGGGAUGGUCGUGUUGGUGGUGGUAUGGGUCAUGGUCAACAAUCUGGUGGAUAUGGACAUAAUCCUAAUUCCGGUGGUAGUGGUGGCUUAAUGAAUCAAUUGGAAAAAGCUACUCAUAUGGAUUUAAACGGUGAUGGUCGUGUUGGUGGUUCAGGUCAUUAUUAA